AUGAGUGAAGCGGACAAUGAAGAACCGGUAGAGCGUCGAUCUGAGUCUGACGCUACUCAUUCUACUCUCGUCACUAGGGAUGAUACUACUGACAAAGAAAAAGAUACUGUUGCUGAAGAACCCGCAGAAGAUGAUGAUGAUCGGGGAAGCUCGAAGAAGAAGGAAAAGAAGCAUAAGAAACACAAAAAGCAUAGGAAACACAGAGAGGGUGAAGACGAGGGAGAAGGGGAGUCGAAGCACAAGCAUAAACGAAAGAAGGAUAAAAAAGAGAAAAGGGAGAAAAGAAGAAAGGAGAAAAAACAUCGGCAUUUCAAGGAGAAGGACGAGGAUACCAGCGACAGUCGAGUUAAAGAGGUAUUCCUUCAUUUGUGGUACAAUUUUAAUGCCGCAAGGAGAAAAAAAAACAAAUAA